AUGGAUAAUUUAGCCCUUUAUAAUGAAUAUGAUUCCCCGAGAGUCAUUAUUAGUUGUUAUCCGAUGGGAGAAAAAGUCCAUCUUGCUCGUUCAAGUUCUGCACCUUCAUAUUAUGUUGUAGAAUCUGAUUACUUCAAAGUUCGUACCAUUGACGUGUGCAGAGAACUUGACUACUUUUAUGAUUGGUUACACCCGAUGCGCCAAAAUUCAUUGAGCGAGAAUACGGUUGAGAUACCCCCUACAAUAGUUGAGAAUACAACUGGUGUGAAUGAAAAGGGUGGAAGUAUUCAAGAAGAUGCUGAUACUAACGCUAAAGAAGUUAAUUCUGGAGAUGAAAAUGAAAGAAUCCAGAAAAGUGCCGACAAGAACGAAGAGAAUUUGGAAGUUUAUAAAGAUGCUGAAGCGUAUGAGAGUGAAGCAGAUACCAUUGUUGGUAGUGAUGUUGAAGAUCAAUUAUGUGAGUAUGGAUAUACACAAUUGGCUCAAAUUGUUGCUGAACAAACGGAUAGCCCGGUGGACUUAAGACCAAGUCCAAAGUUAUCUGAAUUACUUUAUAUUGCGAAAGAACAAGAUGAGGGUGAUGAAAUGAGACCAUGCGAAAUGCCUGAGGAAGACCCUGACUCAGGCGACAGUAGUCAGGGAGACGAUGGUGUUUAUCAUUCAAAGUAUUUAACACAUGUUGAUCCGGAGACUAGAAAUGGAAAAUAUGCCGCUACCGGAUCUGCUGAUGCUUCACUUAAAGUUCUUGAUACAAGUAAAAUGAAUAGUCGCUCAGACGAAGACAGACCAGUUAUAAGAACUUUAUAUGACCAUCUUGCAGGUGUAAAUGAUUUGUCAUUCCAUCCAAAUGGCCUUGUCCUUGCAUCUUGCUCUGAUGAUCAAAGCAUUAAGCUCUUUGAUUUAUCAAAACCUGGUGUUAAACGAUCUUUUCGAUAUUUACAGUCUAUAAGGGCUUAUGAUGUCAAAAAUUUUCAGUGUUUUACAGCAUCCACUUCACCAGGUGACCUUCAUAGAGGCGGUAUUACAAAGGUUCGAUUUUCCGCAAACGGUUCUCAAUUUGUUACAUCAUCACUUGAUGGUAGCAUAAAAAUAUGGGAUACUGUAACUGGUCGUUGUGUUACUACAAUCGAAAAUGCGCAUGAUGGGGCUUCAGUAUCAAGCGUAAAGUUCUCAAAAACUGGCAAAUUUAUUCUUUCCGGUGGAAGGGAUUCUGUAGCACGAUUAUGGGAGGCUAUUAGUGGAAGAUGUAUCUUGCAAUACGAAGGUGCUACUCAUAAAAAUAAUACAUUGGAAACAACUUUCACUUAUAACGAGGACUAUGUUCUCAGUAGUGAUGAAGUAAACCCCACUGUCGUAUGCUGGGAUUCACGUACCGGUUUAUUGCUAAAGCGUUGGGGAGGUGCGUUUUUCAGCAUAUUGUAUAUCUUUGAUUUCAUUUAA